CUCACAGGAGCUGAAGUGACUGUCUACUGCGAAGAGUCUCUGUCAUACCUGCCAUCUUGAUCUUGUUGCCUUUUAUUUCCGAAGCCUCCACACGGGAGAUUUUGUUGAGUGCAUUUUAAAAUGGGUCCAAAAUUCGAUCCAAACGAAAUUAAAGUCGUUUACCUGCGAUGUGUCGGAGGUGAAGUUGGAGCCACAUCUUCCCUUGCUCCUAAAAUUGGUCCACUAGGUUUGUCCCCCAAAAAGGUUGGAGAUGAUAUUGCCAAGGCUACAUCUGACUGGAAAGGACUUAAAAUAACUGUACAGUUAACAAUUCAAAACAGGGUGGCCACAAUCUCAGUAGUCCCAUCUGCCGCAUCUUUAGUAAUCAAAGCCCUCAAGGAACCCCCUAGGGACCGAAAGAAGGUCAAGAACAUCAAACACAGUGGUAAUAUCACAUUCGAUGAUGUACUCAACAUAGCAAGGACCAUGCGAUCAAGAUCAAUGGCCAAAGAAUUCAAAGGAACCGUCAAAGAAAUAUUAGGAACCUGCCAGUCUGUCGGAUGUGUCAUUGAUGGCAAACAACCCCAUGAUUAUAUUGAUAUGAUCGAUGAUGAAGAACUAGAAAUACCUGACGAAUAAACUUUUUUAAAAUAGAUAAGUUUUGUUUUGUAA